GCUACGGUGACUUGGGUGUGUUUGGAGAUAAGACAGUCGAUCUCCUUGAACUGUGGUGCGACGACUCCUCGUCUUUCCUGUGUGCUGCUGGGACACCGAGCUCCCCUCUGGCGACAUCAGUGACCGCCAGCCGCUGUCUCCACUCGUGCCCUCGCCUCGUCGCACGCACCUUGCCGGCAGGUCAACAGAGAUAUUGGUGACACACGCACAGACGCCGGCACAGGUAGUCUCGUCUUGCUCUCAGCUCGCUGUGGCCAAAGAAAGGAACUUGUCUUUCGCUCGUUAGAAGUAUUCAUAAUAUUGCUACAAUGUCUGAAUCAUCCAGGAAGACUCCUUCUCCCCUCAUAUACUUGGUAUUUGCAAUGUUGAUUGCAUACGCCGGGUGUAGCUCAACUGCCCCGACAGUAACCACCACCCCAGCGAAUACAACCACAACAGCAACUGUGUCAUCCUCUCCCUCUGCAAGUUCAUCACCAGCAACUACCUCGAAUUCUACUUCUCCUCAAACUACAAACUUGACGUCCCCUGCUUCUGCAUCCACACCAACCACAGGAAGUACAGCAACGCAAGCCACGUCUCCUACAUCGUCUCCUGUGACUGUAACGACAGCACAGAGCAGCUCAACCUUGCCGUCGACUGGGACCCCAGCAGUGCACGAUAGCACCUCUACAUCCAUGACGACAGGGCAGAGUACUUCAUCGUUGUCGUCGUCUAAUGUCACUACAGCAGGUGGUGUCACGAACCCCUCGGGACAGACGGCGACAUCAACAUCUCAGUCCUCCCAGCCUCCCGACAGCACGUUAACGCAUGAGAGCUCGACAGCUGCUGUUACUAGCAACAACACAGAAGCACCGACAACAGCAGCUCCAGCAACACCAGAACCGACAACCACACCUGCUACCACUCCAGCUCCGACAACACCAGCUCCGACCACUGUCGCACCACCUCCUAAUAGCCAGACAGUUAAUCCAGAUGCUAGCUUUCUGCUCACCAUCGAUGUUGGACCAGACAAGAAUGUGUCUUGCACUGACUGCAACUCGUCCUACGUGGUGGAGGCUUUCAAAGCCGCAUUCCAAAGCAUUCCUGGCUUCUUAUACAUUGACAAUGUAGUGACUAGCGCUCCAACCUUCAGGGUGAACAUUCGGUUCUUUGGAAGCCAGUUCCGGACUUUGAAUACCACUGAGCGCCAGCAAAGCAUCUGGGAUGCGCUUGUAAACAUAAACAACACAGAGGGACUAUUUGUCCUCGAUUCGGCAAGGAAAAUUGCAGAAGCUUUUGCAUUAACAAGUGAUUCACUCUGUAACACGGAGAGAGCCUGUAGCCUUGGCUUUCGCUGCACGAGCGCACGAUGUGUGCACAUGUGUGAGGGAUACUCUUGUGGAGACCACGGGACCUGUUCCUUGACCAUCAGCCCCGACGGCGAAGCAUCCCCCACCUGCAUCUGCAACUCUGACGAUGAAACCACAUAUUCAGGGGAGUACUGCCAGGACUCAAAGAUCAGUCAGAGGAAAGUCGCCGCCAUUGUGGGAGGUGUGCUCGGAGCUUUCUGUGGCUUGUUCAUCAUCAUUAUCAUCAUCAUGUGCUGCCGACAACGUGAAUCGUCGUCUACCAAAUAUCAGCUCGGUGGAACUGCAAACCAAGGGUACAGCUCCAUGGGCAUGAAGGAGUUAUAAAGACAUGCUUGGUGGUAACAACGAAUCUACCCUUCUGUCCAACAGCAAGAUUGUUUCCCCUUCCAUUCCCGAAUUAUCUUUUAGACAUGCUUAUGUUCCUUUUCUUUUAAAUGACCAGUCAUCUGUCCAUUCCAAUAGGAAAUUGCAAGGUUAUUCCCACAGCAUUCCCGACUUUGUCUUUAUAUAUGGCUGGGUUUUUUUCCUACAUGACCACUGUGUCCAUUCCAAUGGGAAACUGCGAGGUUGCUUCCCCUUCAGUUCCCGAAUUAGUCUUUCUACAUGGCUAUGUUUCUGUUCCCUUACAUGACGAGUUGACGAGGACCUCAACUCCGAUAAAAUGUACUGGAACAUUCCCAAGUGUUCAAGAAAACAAACACUUUAUUAUCCAAGCUUCGCUGGUCUCACCGGAACUUUUUUUACAUAAACUUACCAGAGACAGUCUAGGCAUCUCCAAGAUGAUGAUAAAAGAACUCGUUCCACUAACUUGAUUUCCUGAGUAACAUGGAACACAUCUUGAGCAAAAUACAACUUGCAUAAUCCUUACACGGGUAGGCAAGUACUUUACAAGUUAUUUACAAAGUAUUUUGAAGUAGAUGCUAACACUGUAAUUAAAGAGAUGAUUGGAUUACAAUCAAAGAGAUGAAAAGGAGAGCAAAAACGAAAGAGGAGAAAAAGAACAAAGAAUUGUACGUCUAUGGAGCACUUUGUAUGUUUCUGGUAUCGAGCAAAGAUGUUUAUUUUGCACUCAGAAAAAAGCUAAACAUAUUGAAAACAAUUUACAAUACCUCACGCACGUCCGCUAGAGACAAAUACUAUGAAGACAAUGUAUUAUAUUACAACCGUCAUCUAUAAAUACACCUGCAUACAUAUGUUGUUUAAAAUGUAGCCCUAAACAAUCCGUCGCAGUUUAGUCAUUUCAUUUAACAGCGAUGACGAGGCUCAUUUGUCUUCAAAGCCGGGUGUUCAUAUUCUCCAAUAGCCUGAUAGCAUAUAAACAUUUUAUAAACGUUGACAAAGGUUUCUCGGCUAUUUCUAAACCUUUAUCAAAUGUUUAAAUGCUACCCUGUCAUAACAUUCAUACCUAGGUUUUGAAGAUCUCACUAUUCGUUCAUUAAUCAGAUCGAUAAUAUAACUCCAUUUACGCAAACAAAACAAAACAAAAAAAAAAAAAAAUCGAUGAAGUCAAUGUACAGUUAUUGUGCCUUACCUAUAUUUGUGUCACUCAUCCACAUUUGACAUUUCCCUGUAUUUUCUCAUUUAUCCUGUUUAGUAUUCGGCUAUCUAUUUUUAUCUUACCAAACCUUGUGGGUUAUUAUUUCAGGUCUCCAUUUCUCUAAAAUCCUUUUGAACAGUAAACUCAGAUAAUUUUUAACGUGCACCUUCUAAAAAUAGUAAAAUUAUUUUUAAUCAGGUAUUUUAUGAAAUGAUUUAGACAGGUGCACAAACAGAAAUAUCUCUUGUUGCUUAAAUAAGAGUCUCACAUAAUGCAUUUUUUUUCUUUAUUCUUGUGAGCAAUGAGGAUGAUUGGUGAAACCAGUGAAACACCAACUUGUUAUAUAAGUCUAUUCAAAAUGUUUUGUGCAUAUUACCCAGAGUUGUGUCAAUGCAAUUGUGAGAAGAUAGUGGAGGAGUCUGUAAAUAUUACUUUUGACAGAAAAAGCAUGUGUGCACUAUGUCUGAGAGAUAAAAGAUUUGCGGCGAGUCCACUACUAAUGUUAUUGCACUCUGUGUGUCAGUUUGUUGGAUAUUAAAUAUUUAGAAGAUGUUGAAUAAAAGUGUGUAUACAAUGAGAUGUAUAUUUUACAUGAUUGUACUGUUUGCAAAGAUAUACGUAUUCAAUCUUAGUGUAACAUUCCCGUGACUUACAAACACACGUAGUCAAUACAAACAAUCACUCUUUCAAUCACAUGUUUAAUCAUUCUGCCAAGACAUAUUGCCAAUUCAUGUAACAUAAAAUAAAACCUAAAAUACUAA